AGUGAAGUUGAUUGUAUUGCCUACAAGACAAUGGUGAUCCGAACUGCCUUAGCCUUCUCGAGAUGUUAGCUUCUAAGCCCCCACCGUAUAUUACUACGUGUUUCGAUAUUUUCGUGUCUGGACUUGAUCUUGACAAAGCACACCAAGAGAAGCUGGACGCAUUUCUGGAAAAUGAGUUGUCGAAGCAAUACUCUAUCCACCCGGAGGAGAAACACAUGUUGUUGUAUCUCUGUGGUCUUGCCCAUGACAGCAAGGAUCAAGGGGGCCCACUCCCAAACUCCUCGUUCCUCCUUCUACAUAAUUUCAACGACUGGCUUAUCAAGAAUAUGGGUGAAGAAAUGGAUGCUGCAACGGCAAUGUUGAGAUUAUCGGCUUUGGUCUCCUUCGAACGGAUUGUCCCCAUUACUGAGACCUGUCCGAAACCGGAUUCUUGGCUGGCUAAAUUUGCCGAGCUCAUAAAGGAUGGGAUCGGAUGGAUACCAACAAAGGAACGACCAAUUUAUGGCUACACUCCAACAUACCAACAUAUGGGCCAUGCCCUUCUUCGUGUUGCCAAUGCAGAAGACCUAAACUACAUCCAUCCCAUCUUUAACAGCGAGGAUCGCCCCUGUGACGAUGGAGAGGCUUGCCAGUCGUGGCUGAACGGAGAAUACUGGAGGCGGAGGAUUCUCGAACGGCAAAGCCACCAAGAGGUACAGAGAGCGAUGGCCAUGAUGGAGCUCGAGCAGCAAUAGUCUGAAAGUAGCAAGGAAACAUCGCCCGGCACACACUGCUUGUGUCAAAAUUGAGGUACUGUGCCCAUUUGACCGUGACCGUGUA